AUGGUCCAAGGUUUGUUCUACCCGCAGUUUACACGUGACAGAUUACUCGACAUUCCAUGCAAGGUGUGCGGAGAUCGAAGCUCAGGAAAACAUUAUGGAAUAUAUAGCUGUGAUGGUUGUUCCGGUUUCUUCAAACGUAGUAUACACCGGAAUCGGGUUUACACCUGCAAGGCUGCCGGCGAACUGAAGGGACGCUGUCCGGUCGACAAAACCCAUCGUAACCAGUGCCGCGCCUGUAGAUUAUCCAAGUGCUUCCAAUCAGCAAUGAACAAAGACGCUGUCCAGCAUGAACGAGGACCGCGAAAACCGAAACUGCAGCACCUUCCGCCAAACGGAGCUCACCCACAUCAUCUCGGUGGACCAUUCGUGAAUACGUCCUCCUACAGCCAUGUGCCACAUUUUGCCAGCAUACAUCACGCUAGCAUGCAGCAAAACUCGUUACUACACCACCCGCAACCUCUGUCGUUCGCCCCGCUUAGUCAUCCUAUGCCACCUAAUUUGCUCCAGCAUGUAAAAUUAGAACAGACGAAAUUCGAGUUUUCAUCUGCCAACAACUCUCAAAUUCCACCCAACUUGUUGCCACCCGUUAAGAUGGAGCAAACAAGACUUUCUUCGUUCGACUUUUCACCUUCCAGCCAACGAUUCUAUAAGCCUUUGGAACAACUGCCACCCUCUCCUACCGAUUCCAAAAGUUCCAUUAGCGUCGAUUCGCCAUCGGAAAGUAUGACCAGUCCUCAACCAUCCACAGUAGACUGCGGGUCAAGUGUUCUUAGUCCUACUCCGAUCAACGCAAGCAACCUCAGUCUUCCUUCACCGCUUUCUCAAAACGGAGUUUUAGAUAUACUUAUGGGUUCCGACAAGUGUCAGGAAUUUCUUCAAUAUCAAAUGCACAACAAUAACUUGAUGUUCCCGAAUUUCAAUCUCUCCGAAGGAGGAGGGCCUGUACCACCUCCCCCUCCUCCUCCGCCAUUAAUUCACCAUCCAACGGUAUUACCUCCUGGCAGCCCCGGACUACGUCUACCGACGUGGGAAGUUUUGCAAGAAACUACAGCGCGAUUGCUUUUCAUGUCGGUCCGAUGGGUGCGAUGUUUGAUUCCAUUUCAAACUUUGUCCAAAAAUGACCAACACCUGCUGUUGCAGGAAUCCUGGAAGGAGCUAUUUUUGCUCAACUUCGCCCAGUGGAGUGUUCCCUGGGAUCUGAGCGCCCUGCUCGAGAGCCCACAGGUGCGGGAUCGCUUGCCGCAAGAUCCCGCCACUCAGAUGGAGAUGAAAACAAUGCAGGAAAUUCUCUGUCGCUUUCGACAAAUCAGCCCCGAUCUGAGUGAACUUGGCUGCAUGAAAGCGGUGAUCCUGUUCUCCCCUGAAACAUCCGAGUUAUGUGAUGUCCAGCCAGUGGAAAUGCUGCAGGAUCAGGCUCAGUGCGUACUGUCGGAUCACGUGCGUGUUCGCUACCCCCGGCAACCGACCCGCUUCGGGCGACUUUUGCUCCUGCUGCCCUUGCUGCGAACCAUCCGCUCGGCAACCAUCGAAACGCUGUUCUUCAAGGAAACGAUAGGUAGUGUACCGAUAUCUCGUCUUCUGAUCGAUAUGUACCAAAUGGAAAAAUACACCGAACUGGAAUCCUCCAACGCAGCUGGAGCCAACGGUUCCGGUGCUUCCCUAGUGAAGCCAUAG